GAGUGACAUGGCUCAGGUCCAUUUAAGUCUUAACAUACGCAUUCCACCGUAAAUAUCAUCCAAUCACGGAGCACAGAGGGCGUGAUUUCCUCACUCCUGCUGUCCAAAUGUAUGAAGUUUAACCCAGUGCAGCCGCUUGGAGAGAAUGGUGUACCUCAGCACGUAUACGCGUCUAAGAAUUUCCAACACUCAGAUUAUUCUUUUUUAACUUUUAUUACGUUUAGUACUUUGUUUUCGUGUUUUAUGUUACAAGUGCAGUGGAUCCUCGCGGUGGGUUCUCUGCACAAAUGGCUUUGAAUAUUUCCCUGCAGCGGCACGGGAUUCCUACAGUCGGUGUUCUCUUCCACUUACUUGUGAGUGCAUUGACUUUGACAGGUUAUGCAUCGGCACAGGUCUUUGACAGUUUGGGAUUAUCAUAUGGUUUGAGAACGGACCUCUCAGAGGAUGCUAUAUUGGUGGCAAACAAUGGAAUACGCGUGCCUUUUGGAAGAUCCAGUUUUGUUGAUCCUAUCAACGAUUUGGUUAUCCAAGUUCAGCCCGGAGACAAAUGCAGCAUAACCGUGUUGGAUAAUGAUCCCUUGUCACAGAGACCGGGGCUGCUUUCCCCGAAAAAGUUUCCGUGUGAAUUCGGUCCGAACGAUGUGAAGUACUCGCACUUCGGCUCCAGGAGCCCGGCGAAGGACAGGGUGAGGCUACAACUCCGCUAUGACACCCAAACUGAUACAGUCAUUAUACCGUUCAUGAUGGAGGUUGAGGUAAUCUUUACGCAGUUGGAAGUAUUGACCAGAAACAUGCCUCUCACUGUUGACAAGCUAUUAGGAGCAAGUAACCCUAUUGAUAACAAAAUAUUGGAAUUUACUUAUGACAGAAAUGCAUAUCAAUGUAAACUCGCAUCACUCGCCAGUGGAAGUACAUUGCCCAGAUAUGGCAAACUUAUUGAUGAGGGGAAACUGGGAAAGAUGUUGGACUGUGAUGAAUUUCUCAGACUCAACAUUCGUUAUCAGCACACGUUUGCCCAUCGUUCCCCUAACAGAGAUUAUAUUCCAAUGUUUGUAGAGUUACAAGACAAAGAGGGCAACAUAAUAAAUCAAGAGUUUUUCCAACUUAUGGUGCGCAUAAGAGAGGGGGAGGAGAACACUGCUCCUAAGCCCAGUUUUGUGGCUAUGAUGAUGAUGGAGGUAGACCAGUUUGUAAUGACAGCCAUUACUCCUGAUAUGCUGGCCGCAGAGGACAUUGAAUCCAAUCCAGAUGAUUUAAUAUUUAAUAUCACGUCCCCAUUGUCUUUUGAAGAGGGCUACAUAGUGAGCACAGACGAUAGGAAUCUGCCAAUCACUUCUUUCUAUCAGAGGGAUUUGAAGGAGCUGAAAAUAGCCUAUAAGCCGCCCUCUGUGGAUUCAGACGGUGAGCGAAUUUUCCAAAUCGAGUUUGAGGUUGUGGACACUGAGGCAGCCGUCUCUGACCCCUUUGCGUUCAUGAUUGUAGUCAAGCCAAUGAACACUCUGGCUCCUGUGGUGACCCGAAAUACAGGACAGCUGUUGUAUGAGGGACAAUCCAGGCCACUAUCUAGCUCACACAAUUUAGAAAUCAGUGAUGAGGACAAUCUGGACAGUGUGAGAGUCAGCGUAAUUGAUGGGCUUAGGCACGGGCAUCUAACUGUUUUGGGGUCCCGGAGGAAGUUUUUCACUCCUGCCGACCUGGAUAAUGGUGUGGUUAUCUACCAGCAUGACGGCAGUGACACCUACAGUGACAACAUCAUUUUUAGGAUGACGGACGGCAAACAUGAAGUGGAAUUCCUGUUCCCCAUCACCGUGGUGCCAACAGAUGACGAGCCGCCAAUCAUCAAUGCCAACACGGGACUGGUGCUGUUCAAAAACCAGAUGAUGCCAAUCUCACCUCUGACGCUUAGUGCUGCUGACAUCGAUUCAGAGGAUUCCACUAUUAAGUUCAUCAUCCAGCCCCCUUUCUCCACAAUAGGGGAGGUACUACUGCGGCAGUCCGAGGCCCCGGAAGACCCAUCUACAUGGAGGUUCAAUGCUGAGGACGAGCUGUAUGAGAAAUCAGUGACAGAGUGGCUACAGCAAGACAUCACUGAUGGCAAGCUCUUCUACAGGCACAUCGGGCCUCACAUCACCGAACCAGUCAUGGACCAGUUUGUGUUCCGCGUCCAGGAUGACAACGACCCUCCCAAUCAAUCGGGGGAAAGCUCAUUCGUCAUCAAGGUUCUUCCCAUCGAUGACAUCCCUCCCGAGCUUUACCCAGGCACCACUCUGCAGAUGACCGUCCACGAGUAUCAGCUCACAUACUUUCGCAAGAAGUUCCUGCGCUACACAGACCUAGACUCCGAGGACCGCGACCUGAAAUACACAAUCACACAGCCACCCACUGACACAGACACAAACAACCCUCUUGUAUUUGGCUCAAUUGUUCUAACUGAAAGUGCGGAUGUUCAGGUCACAGAAUUCACCCAGGCGCAAAUCAAUCACCACAAGAUAGCCUACAAGCCACCUGACGUGGAGCUGGGGAUCAUAGCCCACGUGGUGCAGUUUACGUUCACCUGUGAAGACACGGCUGGAAAUAGCGCCACCGGAUCCUUCAACAUUUAUCUUCAGCCUGUCGACAACAAGCCACCCCAGAUAACCAACUCUGGGUUCACUGUGUUGGAGGGCAGCACGCAUGCCAUUACAAGAGAGGAAUUAGACACCCAGGAUCAAGACACUGACAGCAGUCAGAUUUCAUUCACUGUCAUUCAGCCUCCACUUCAUGGGGUAGUCCAGUAUACAUUCACUGACCUGACCAAAGGCGAUGUGUUUAAUUUGAGGGACAUUUCAGAGGGCAAAAUCUCAUAUGUGCAUAAUGGCGACGAGUCAACUAGUGAUUAUUUCCAAAUAGAUGUUAGUGAUGGAGUCCACGUUGUCACAAUUACUGUCAGGGUGACUGUGAAGCCAGUUGAUGAUGAGAAACCCACAAUUAGUCUCCCAGCCGGCACCAUAGGCUCUCACAUUGACGUGUUAGAGAAUGGGGCCACGGAAAUUACGACCAGCGUCAUUCAGGGACGGGACGAGGACACGGAUGACCUCCGCCUGACCUUCAUAGUGGAGGACCCUCCCGUGUUUGGAGAGAUUCUUGUGAAUGGGGUGCCUGCUGGGAGGUUCACCCAAGCCGACAUCAUCAAUGGCUUUGUGGUGUACGCCCACACCGGGGGAGAGAUUGGUCUCACCACCAAGGAGGACUACUUUAAUCUGACCCUCACGGAUAUGUCAGAUGAGUGGACAGUCGGGGGCAACAAAGUCACAGGGGUCAGAGUUCAAGUCACCAUACUGCCCCUGGAUAGCCAGGCCCCCGAGGUAUUCGUAGGCCCCUUGUUCAGUGUAGUGGAGGGAGAGAAAAAUGUCAUUGAGAUCCUGCACAUUAGCGCAGACGAUGUCGACACACACAAUGAUGACCUCCUGUGUACAAUCAUUGUUCAGCCAUCAUCUGGCUACAUAGAAAAUAUAUCUCCAGCCCCGGGCUCAGAAAAGUCUAGGUCAGGCACAGCCAUCAGCGCAUUCACCAUUAAGGACAUCAGGCAUAACCACAUUUAUUAUGUGCAAAGUAUCCACAAGGGCGUGGAACCUGUGGAGGACAGGUUCACUUUCAGAUGCUCCGACGGCAUUAAUUACUCAGAGAAGCAUUUCUUCCCCAUCAUGAUUAUUCCUUCCAAUGACGAAAAGCCUGAGAUGUACAUGAGGGAGUUUGUGGUGAUGGAGGGCAUGAACAUUGUCAUAGACACGCCGAUCUUGAACGCAGCCGAUGCAGACGUUCCCUCCGACGAACUGACAUUCAUAAUCACCAAACCCCCGAAGCACGGAGUUAUCCUAAACCAGUUGACCUCUGGCACUGUUCCAGUCACCAACUUCACCCUUGACCAGAUCCGAGAGGCCUCUAGUAUUGUCUAUGAGCAUGAUGACUCAGAGACCACAGAGGAUAGUUUCAGCGUAAUUCUCACUGAUGGUAAAUUCACAGUGGAGAAGGACGUCCUGAUCAUGGUUAUUCCUGUUGAUGAUGAAACACCUAGGAUGGCCAUUAACGACGGUCUCGAGAUAGAGAUAGGGGACAUCAAAGUAAUCAACAACAGAGUUUUAAAAGCCACCGACUUAGACUCAGAGGACAGCUCACUGACAUACGUCAUUCGCUAUGGCCCAAACCAGGGGUUUCUACAAAGGCAGACACCAUUUGGUUAUUUGGAGAACAUCACGAUAGGGAUGAAUUUCACACAAAGUGAAUUAGACCAAGACCUUAUCAUUUACAUACACAAUGGACAAGAAGGGAUUCGUGAUCUGAUUAAAUUCGAUGUCACAGAUGGCAUUAACCCUUUAAUAGACAGAUACUUCUACGUCACAGUUGGAAGCAUAGACAUGGUCUUCCCUGACAUUAUUAGUAAGGGGGUCUCUCUGAAAGAAGGGGGAAGGGUGACCCUGACCACAGACCUGCUGAGCACCAGUGACCUGAACAGCCCCGACGAGCACCUGGUCUUCACCAUCACUCGAGCACCCAUGAGGGGGCAUCUGGAGUGCUCUGACACCCCUGGCAUGCCCAUCAGCUCCUUUACGCAACUGCAUCUGGCCGGAAACAAGAUCUACUACAUACACACCGCCGAUGACGAGGUCAAGAUGGACAGUUUCGAGUUCGAGGUGACGGAUGGCUACAACCCAGUGUUCCGCACCUUCCGGGUGUCCAUCUCGGACGUGGAUAACAAGAAGCCGGUGGUGACCGUGCACGGGCUGGUGGUCAGCGAGGGGGAGAACAAGCUCAUCACUCCGUUCGAACUGACAGUGGAGGAUCGGGACACGGCGGACCGGCUAUUGAAGUUCACCAUCACCCAGGUUCCUGUCCACGGCAGGCUGCUCUUCAACAACAGCCGCCCAGUCACCUCCUUCACCAAGCAGGACCUGAAUGAAAACAUGAUCAGCUACAAGCACGAUGGCACCGAGUCAGCCGAAGACUCCUUCUCCUUCACUGUGACCGAUGGGACACACACAGAUUUCUACAUCUUCCCCGACACGGUGUUCGAGACGCGCAAACCCCAGACUUUGAAAAUCUCCAUUCUCUCCGUGGACAACGGCGUUCCACAGAUCGUAGUCAACAAAGGAGGAGCGACUUUAAGGAUUCUGUCCACGGGUCACCUGGGGUUCCUAAUCACAGGCAAGGCCCUGAAAGCGGAGGACAGAGACAGUCCCCAAGUGGCCGUCACCUUUCGGAUCACAGUGGGUCCGGAGCAUGGCUACCUCAUCAGCCUGGGCAAAGGCAACGUCACAGUCACUACAUUCACACAAGCUGACAUCGACGACAUGCAUAUAUGCUACGUUCUACGAGAUGGAGAUAACGCCACGAGUGAUGUCUUCUACUUCUCCAUCGAGGAUAUCGGAGGAAAUAAGCUGAAGAACCAGCAGUUUCGGCUCAACUGGGCCUGGAUCUCCCUGGAGAAGGAGCACUACGUGGCGGAUGAGGAGUCCAAGGCCCUGGAGGUGGUGCUGAAGCGGAGGGGCUACCUGGGGGAGACAUCCUUCGUCAGCAUCGGCACCAAGGACGGCACAGCGGAGAAGGACAAGGACUUCCGGGGCAAGUCCCAGAAGCAGGUGCAGUUUAAUCCUGGGCAGACCACCGCUACCUGGAAGGUGCGCAUCCUAAGUGACAAUGAGUAUGAGCUGUCGGAGACGUUCCAGAUUGUUCUGUCCGAGCCAGUCAUGGGGGCUCUGGAGUUCCCUGAGGUGGCCACCGUGGAGAUCGUCGACCCAGGAGAUGAGUCCACAGUGUUCAUCCCCUCGGCCACCUACUCCAUAGAGGAGGACAUCGGAGAGCUGCUCAUCCCCGUCAGACGCAGUGGAGACGUCAGCCAGGAACUCAUGGUUCUCUGCUUUACCCAGCAAGCCACGGCCACAGGGACGGUGCCCACCAGCGUGCUCUCCUACUCGGACUACAUCUCGCGGCCGGAGGAGCACUCCAGCAUGGUGCGCUUCGACAAGGACGAGACGGAGAAGCCGUGCCGCGUGGUCGUCAUCGACGACUCGCUCUACGAGCCCGAGGAGAGCUUCAACGUCUCCCUCAGCAUGCCCAUGGGCGGCCGCUUGGGCCCGGAAUUCCCCUCCACCAGGGUGACCAUCCUGCCCGACAUGGACGACGCGCCUGUUUUCUACUUUGGUGAUACGGACUACCAUGUGGACGAGAGCGACGGCUAUGUGGAGGUGCGGGUGUGGAGGACGGGCACGGACCUCUCCAAGGUGGGCACGGUGACUGUGCGCUCACGGAAAACUGAUCCCGUGUCAGCUGAAGCUGGUCUGGACUACGUUGGCAUCAGCCGGAACCUGGACUUCGCCCCUGGGGUCACCAUGCAGACCAUCCGGGUCACCAUUCUGGACGACCUGGGCCAGCCGGUUCUGGAGGGGCCCGAGAAGUUCGAGCUGGUCCUGCGCAUGCCCAUGAACGGCAUCAUGGGAGAGCCGAGCAAAGCCACCAUCUUCAUUAACGACUCCGUGUCUGACUUGCCAAAAGUCCAGUUCCGGGAUGCCAUGUACAUGGGCAACGAGAAUGACGGGCACAUCUCCGCCCUGGUGUACCGCAGCGGCGACAUCAGCUACAGAUCCACCGUGCGCUGCUACACACGUCAGGGCACUGCCCAAGUCAUGAUGGACUUCAAUGAGAGACCCAACACCGUCGACUCCACCAUCACAUUCCUGCCAGAUGAGGUAGAGAAACCAUGUGUGCUUACACUGGUGGACGACACGGAGCACGAGGAGGUGGAGGAGCUCAGGCUGGUCUUGGGGAGCCCGAGGAGCGAGUCUCCUUUCGGGGCUUCCAUCGGCACGCAGAACGAGACGCUGGUCAAGAUAAAGGAUGACGCUGACAAGGCCAUUAUCAAGUUUGGGGAAACAAAGUUCAGUGUGAGCGAGCCCAAGGUGGCCGGCCAGGUGUCGGUGGUGAAGAUCCCAGUGAUCCGUGUGGGAGACACAUCCAAGGUGUCCGUGGUGCGCGUGCACACCAAGGACGGCUCUGCAUCCUCGGGGGAAGACUACCACCCAGUGUCUGAGGAUGUCGUGUUCAGAGCGGGCGACACUCAGCACUAUGUGGAGGUGGAGAUCCUGUACGACAGCGUGCGCGAGAUGAGGGAGGCCUUCACCGUUCACCUGAAGCCUGACGAGAACAUGGUGGCCGAGACACAGAUGAACAAAGCCAUCAUCUACAUCGAGGAAACCAACAGCAUGGCGGACGUCACCUUCCCCUCCGUGCCCAUAGUGGUGUCUCUGCUCCAGUACGAUGACACCAGCAGGAGCAGGGAUGCCCUCCCGUCAUCUGGAUAUCCUGUGGUCUGUGUGACGGCCUGCAACCCCAAGUACCCCGACUUCGACAAGACGGGCUCCAUCUGCGUGAGCGAGAACAUCAACGACACGCUGACGCGCUACCGCUGGCUCAUCAGCGCCCCCACCGGGCCAGACGGCGUCACCAGCCCCAUGCGCGAGGUGGACUUCGACACCUUCUUCACCUCAUCCAAGCUGAUCACGCUGGACUCCGUCUACUUCCAGGCCGGCUCGCGGGUGCAGUGCGCCGCCCGUGCCGUCAACGGCGAUGGGGACGAGGGCCUGGAGCUGAGCAGCCCCGUGGUGUCCAUCAGCGUCGAGGAGGGUAUGUGCCAGCCUCGGGUCGUGGGCACGGUUGGCGCCGAGCCCUUCUCCGCCAGGCUGCGCUACACGGGAGCCGACGACCCGGACCACCCCAACCUCAUCAAGCUGACUGUCACGAUGCCACACAUUGACGGCAUGUUGCCCGUGGUCUCCACCCGGCCCCUGUCCAACUUCGAGCUGACGCUGAGCCCCGACGGUACGCGCGUGGGCAACCACCGCUGCUCCAACCUGCUGGACCACCACGAGGUGCAGACGCGCCACGGCUUCCUCACCGAGGCCACGCGCAACCCCGAGGUGAUCGGCCAGACCGCGCCCUACCAGUACAGCGCCUCCCUGAGGGGCUCCAACGUACUGCGCUUCUACCGCAACCUCAACCUGGAGGCCUGCCUCUGGGAGUUUGUGAGCUACUACGACAUGUCCGAGCUGCUGAGCGACUGCGGCGGAACCAUCGGAACGGACGGACAGGUGCUGAACCUGGUGCAGUCCUACGUGACCCUGCGGGUGCCGCUGCACGUGUCCUACGUCUUCCACUCGCCCGUGGGCGCCGGGGGCUGGCAGCACUUCGACCUGCAGUCCGAGCUGCGGCUCACCUUCGUUUACGACACGGCCAUCUUGUGGAAGGACGGCAUCGGCAGCCCACCGGAGGCAGAGCUCCAAGGGGCCAUGUACCCCACCAGCAUGCGCAUCAAUGAGCAGGGCCGGCUGGUGGUCAACUUCCGCACGGAGGCGCGAUUCAGGGGUCUGUUUGUGGUUUCACACUCAGCAUCCUCUCUGUCCUCCAUGGUCAUGUGCCCGGAUCACCCUGGAGUGACCUUUAACCUUACACUGGUGCGCAGUGAGCCCACCUACAACCAACCCAUGCAGCAGUGGACCUUCAUCUCUGACUUCUCUAUCCGUGACUACUCCGGCACGUAUACGGUGAAGCUGCUCCCCUGCACGGCCCCUCCCAGUCUGCAGUACACCAUCCCACCUGUGUGCAACCCCAGGGAGCCCGUCACCUUUGACCUUGACAUCCGCUUCCAGCAGGUGAGUGACCCAGUGGCGGCUGAGUUCAGCCUGAACACUCAGAUGCUGCUGCUGUCCAAGCGGACUCUGUGGUUGUCUGACGGGUCCAUGGGUUUUGGCCAGGAGACCGACACAGCUUUCGCAGAGGGUGAUAUCAUUUACGGCCGUGUGAUGGUGGACCCCGUGCAGAACCUGGGAGAUUCGUUCAUCUGUAACAUCGAGAAAGUGUUCCUGUGCACGGGGGCGGAUGGCUACGUGCCCAAAUACAACCCCGACAACUUGGAGUACGGCUGCCUGGCCGACGCCUCCUCUCUGCUUUACAGGUUCAAGAUCGUGGAUAAGGCCCAGCCGGAGACGCAGGCCAGGGCGUUCGGGAGUGUGAGCUUCAACGCACUUCUGGCUGUGGACGACCCCCGCGCCCUGCCCCUGGUGAGGCAGCCAGGCUCAGACGGCUUCAGAGUCGACUCUGCACCCCUCUUCCAGGUGUCUACUGGGAGGGAGUGGUACAUCCACACCAUCUACACUGUGCGCUCCCGCGACAAUGCCAACCGUGGCAUCGGGAAGAGGAGCCUGGAGUACCACAGCCUGAGCUUCGGUCUCAACUCCCACUCUCUAACCUCCGACCUCGCUCUCCCUACGGGUGGAAGGUCGCGGAGGUCAGCCAACGACGUGCCUGCUGUGGCUGACAACAUCGGGGCCGACCAGAGCCGGGGCACCAACAUGCUCCACAUCGCGCUGGACCGCUCUAGGAGCAAGCAGCCUCGGCAGCCGGCCAGGGAGAGGUCAGGGGAGACGCGGGAGGGGGUCCUCCCGCAGGAGGUGAACCAGAGGGACACAGAGGAGGAUGAGCAGCUGGUCAUGAUCAUCGGGGUAAUGGUCGGGGUGCUGCUGACCGUGCUCCUGGCGGUGGUGGUCGCGGUGAUGGUCUCACGCAGCAAGCAGGAGGACAAAAUGCCCGGCGCCGCGCCGCGGGCGUCGAGCAGCACUGAACCGAUGGUGGUGCGAGGGCCGGAGACCAGCGAUGACAGCUCAGAGGUCUGAUGGGAUCGAAAGGACACAGCAAAAAGAACACCACAUGUGGCACAGACUUCUACCUUGAUGCAUUUUGUUGAUGUCGCCGUUGUUUCGUUUUGACUUUUUUCGUUUUGUACCUGUUUAUUUUUUGUGUGUGUGUGUGCUAUUUUUUUGUUUGUUUGUUUGUGCAAGUGCCUCUUAUUUACCUACUUGGGCGUGAGCGGGAGAGAGGGAACAGCAAAAACAAAACUGAACCCUGCAGUGGCUUCCAAGGGCCGUCCUCAAUUUCACUGACAUGUUUUUUGGGUUACACUGAAAAGCUUACUUGAAACACUGAAGCACUUCUACUGUCACAUUGUUGGAUUUUUUUUUUACCAUUUUCAAUGCCACAGUACCCUUAUUACCCUUCAUGUUUAUGGUAAGUCUGCUUCGGAAGAGGUCCUUGGCUUUGUUGUCUAUGAUGUUUUAUCAUCCAAAUAAAGAAACUUUGUUUUUGAUCCAAAGGUGCUAGAGGACUUCUAUCCUGUCUGAUAGGGGGAAGAAUUCAACGACUGCUUCUUGGUUAAGAGAGGACACAUCAAAGUUACAACCUCAAUGCUACACAGGUGUUAGGCUGUGUUUUACUCUUCUAUGUGAUUCUUCCGUGCCAUCAACCAUUUAUCAUGUGCAUUUCUUUUAUUAUUAUUAUUAUUAUUAUUAUUAUUAUUAUUAUUGCACAUGGUUGUAUUUUCAAACAGGAAAUGUGCCCUUAGUUCAAAUAAUCGCAGUGUUUACACAGUUUUCUUUUUUUUUUGAUUGGUCAUUGAUUUAUUUUGCAUGCAUUCUUUGAAUCACAUUGAAUAUCAGUUAUCUGCAAGUAUACUCAAGCACACCGAGAUGGUUUUAAUGAAAUGAGUGAAGUUGACCCUUACUGCAGCAAGCCUACAUACUCAUCUACAUCUACAUACUCAGUGUCACACAAACACACACAUACAGUACAUACUGACCAGUUAUUCUGCUACAUCACUACCCUGUUUGCUUGUGUGACUUAAUCAACGCCUAUCAUCACAAAUCUGUUGUGACUGGAGUUAAUUGAGAAAGCCAGCUAGUCUGGCCUGCUCCAGCAUAUUUUCAUACUCUAUUCCACAGAAAUCAUGUGUCUAAUUAAGGUGUUCUUUAGGUAGUCUAGUGGACGAGGACAUGGUUUGUGUCCCAGUUUUCAGUCAUGCCAGAGUGGUGUUGUAGGCAUAGCCUCCUGACAUUGCUCUCCAAAGCUUAUCUAAUAUAUAUACGUAUAUAAAUAUAUAUUUUAAACAUAUGUGAACAUGUUGAUAAAACAUGUUGGCAGGACUACACUGGUUUGGGUUGAUCCAUUGGACUAGGUUAAAGGGAACAGUAGUGUCUAUCAAUGGCUCUUUGUUUGCUGUCAUCUGUAUCUGCAAGUUGUGUGGUAAAUAUAGCAGAUCUUGUCCUUAUUGAAUUGUUGACCUGGAUAUUUAUUUAUUUUAUAAAUAAAGUCAGAUUAUAGAGGAAUCUGAUAAGUUAGCUAUAUAAUAGAUGUCAAUCAUGUCACAUUUGUGAAGUGCAGACUGAUAGAUUCACAGUUGCCUUCAAAACAGGCUUUUGAUGGCAUUCGUCAGCCAGUCCCUCUCCUAGCUGUCUCUUGUCUUCCUCGCUCUCCCUGUGCAGUGAAUCUUUCGUCAACAGGCACGAACACACACAGAUAUCCGCAAGGAAAACAUGACCUUCAAAUUACGUUCAAGUGCAGCGCUAUUGGACUCCGCAACAGUAUUAAAGUUCAGGCUUCUUUUGUCACACCUGGUAACCGCACAAUUAAUAAACUCAAAUCGAUUUGUAAACAAUACAAAAUGUUGUUUUACUGCUAUGCAACUUGCUGAAAUAUGAUAAUUUUUUUUCCUCUGAUGUAAUAUUAAAGUUGUCUAUUUGUUUUAGUUUUUUUGCCUUCCCAUUCUACAGUUGUCUUUGGGUCCACGCUCAUAUUUUCUACUUGUUUUUUUUGGUUGAGUUUAAUGCAUUUGUUGCCUGAGUGAGUUUAUACACUUGUAUCUGUGUAUGUACAUAUGUAUGGCAAGCACAACAGUCUGGAUGUUUUGGGCUAUGGUCAGUAUUGACACAUGCCUUCGUACUGUAACUAUAACACAAACUGCUGAGCUGGUCUGAAAAUAAAAGCUGUUUUGGUUUUUUUCCAAAAAUAUUUUGUUUUUCAUUACGGCGCUCAUGUUGACAAGUUAGAGCAAACUGCUUUGAGUGAGACGCAACCGCGAGUUUCGGUGUU